AGCGGUUUAGAUGAUGUAUGUAUGUAUGUAUGUAUGUAUGUAUGUAUGCAAACAUGAAUAUGACAAAUUUGUACAGUAAGGUAAGUUCCAGAUAGUUCCUUAGCUUUCAGCUGUUUUGGCACUCUACAGAAAUCGUAUUCUAAGAGUUUAAAAUCAUUAAUUUCACACAAAAACUAAACGAAGCCAUACAGCCUGUUUAUACCUUUGCAUUAACUUGUAUAUAAUAUCUGGCUCAUAUCUGGAUAAACUUUGGCCAGAAUGCAUCCCUAGUUUAACAAGAUGAAAUCUGAUUGUACUUUCCCCACAUAACUGUAAUUUGAUAAUUCACAGUUGACAGCUGACAAUCAUAUCACUCAAAACACAGGACGCAAUUAAAAUCUGAAAUCUAAAAAUAAAAUGGACCUAACCCCCCCUUAAAACCUGUACCAGUCAGAAUUUCCAAAUCAUUAGAGUCCUACUUCUUAACACCUUGUCAGCAUUCGUAUAACUAGUACCAUCAAAGACUGAGAAGACUGACCUGGACCAAAGUGCUGACUUUGGAUCUUCUCUGUUUCUUUUAUUUUAUAUAGCAAAGUUCAGGGUAGAUUUGGCAACAGUCACUUCCAGGCCAGCACUGAGGAGGAAGGCCUGGCAUAUGAUGUCAUGGAGAACAUUGUGUCAACUUCUCCCAUACAGAGCCAUCCCUUAUGCGUUUGUGCUGCCUCUGUCUGCUCUACAAGGAAGAGAUUUGCAUGAGGCCAAAGCCCAAACCUCAUAUUUCCCUGUAAACACAUGUUAGCAUUGGUUGGUAAAGAAACAAAACCAAAACACCUCUAACAAGAUCUGUUCUGUGGAAGAACACUUGCACAUUUGCCAUUUUUCGUCAACCUGCAGCCGCCAAGAGAAUGUGUUUCUGCUGGCACAUCAUAUCGCAAUGCUGGCUGAAAUUCCCUGCAGUCUGCGCUAAGGUACAGAGGAUUUUAUGUCCAUUUUUGUGUUAAGUUUUAUGACCUGGUUUUUUAAAUGUAUUGACAGGAUGAAAUCAUAGUGAGACGCUGAUGAUAAAUGGCUGAUUCAGGCUGUUUUUAAACGGUGUGCUAAAGGAGUGUCUUCAUUGUAGGGGAGUGGCACUGUUUCCUCUGCCGACUCGCAUUAGUUGGAUUGAGUUGGAGAGCUUGUGUCUUGGAGUUUAGAUGAUUGGUGAGACUGGGAAACUUUCAGUGGAAAGGAAACCUCUUUUUUUACUUGCUGGGGAUGUUUUUGCUGUCACAUGCUUGCGGUUAGACAGAUGGAAUUUCUCACCUUCCAUAAUAGUCAACACCUGGGUUAUACAGCCAGAGCUUUUCGGUUCACAUCACUGUCCAGAAUCUCCUCGCUUGUCUGCAGACUCCUCUUUAAGCAGUCAUGACCCCACAUUGGCAGAGUACUGCUCGCUGUUGGGCGUCGAGCACUCUGAGGACGAGCGGCCAGUGAGUGCCGUGUCCACACUCUCGUCGACCUCCUCCGGAGAAGGCCAGAGCAGCCCCUUCAGGGGCCCCAUUCUAGCCCCAUCCCGGCCCUCCCCACCCGCAGGCCCUGAUAUUGACCUGGAGCUCAGCCCUCCUGAAGAACGAGAAGAGCCUUCAACUUUACUGAAGCCUGGAAGCAGGAGGCCAAAGCAAGACCCCUCUGAGGACCAGUGCAACCACAACGCAUCCAGCACUGGAGCCAGAACUCCACCACAGAACUCAGACGCACCUUCACCCGUCGCCACUGAAGCCAUGGCGCCCAAUCCUCAGAUCACCUACGUGGACCGUGUUGUCAUGGAGAUUAUAGAGACAGAAAGGAUGUAUGUCAGGGACUUGUGCAGUAUUGUGGAGGACUACUUGGCUUAUAUUAUCGAUGCCAGAGACUUACCCAUUAAGCCUGAGCAGGUUAGCUCCUUGUUUGGGAACAUCGAAGUCAUCUACGAAUUCAACAGUGAGCUGUUGCAGUGUUUGGAAAUGUGUCACAGUGAUCCUGUGGCCAUCGCCUGUUGCUUUGUGGAUAAGAGCCAGUAUUUUAACAUCUACACUCAGUACUGCACAAACUACCCCAACUCAGUGGCCACCCUCACAGAGUGUAUGAGGAACAAAGCGCUGGCUAAGUUCUUCCGGGAUCGGCAGGCAUCUCUGGAGCGCUCCCUCCCUCUGGGUGCCUACCUGCUCAAGCCUGUGCAGAGGAUUCUGAAGUACCAUCUGUUGUUACAGGAGAUUGCCAAACACUUUGACCCUGAAGAGGAUGGCUAUGAUGUAGUGGAAGAGGCCAUUGACACCAUGACAGGGGUGGCCUGGUAUAUCAAUGACAUGAAGAGGAAGCAUGAGCAUGCAGUACGGCUGCAGGAGAUCCAGUCUCUUCUGAUCAACUGGAAAGGGCCUGACCUCACCACAUAUGGCGAAUUGGUCCUUGAGGGAACCUUCCAUGUCCACCGCGCAAAGAAUGAGAGAACACUCUUUCUCUUCGACAAGAUGCUCCUCAUCACCAAGAAGAGAGGAGAGCAUUACGUGUACAAGACCCAUAUCACGUGUUCCACUCUAAUGCUGAUUGAAAGUGCCAAGGACUCGCUUCGCUUCAGUGUGACCCACUACAAGCAUCCCAAACAACCUCACACAGUGCAGGCCAAAACUGUAGAAGAGAAAAAGCUGUGGGCCCAUCACAUAAAGCGGCUGAUUCUGGAGAAUCAUCAUGCCAUCAUACCGCAGAAAGCCAAAGAUGCCAUCCUGGACAUGAGCUCGUCUGGUCCGGUGAAGUACCGUUACAGUCCUGAGAGACUGAAGAAGCCCAUGUCCUCUCAGAAUGAGGACUUCCCUGCUGGAGGACGAAAGGGACGAAGGCGAUCAGAGCCAAUGAAGCAGAGUGUGAAGAACACAAAAGGAACACUCAAGCAUGCAGACAGCGUGGGUACUCUUCUGGCAGACAGCAGCCGGCGCCCCCUGCAGGCUGCUGCUAGCAUCUGCACCAUGAGCUCCAGCCUGGGCAAGCCCGAGGCGGAGAGGCCUGCCCUGCAGGAAAUCAGGUCCGAGUGGCUUCAUCUCCGCACUAACUCCCUCGACCGGCUGAGUGCAACCGACCUAGAAGCCCGCCGGCUAGAGAUGCCAUUCCAGAGGGAGGAAGAGGAGAAAAAAGAGAGGGAGGUGGAGGAAGAGCAGGGUGGGAGUGCCGAGGAGGAGGAAGAGAUUCUGGUGAAGGAUGAGCAGGUAGCUGACUUUGCCAGCUCAGUGUUGGCCGCCAUCUCCUGCUGGCACUAUAGAGCCAGGGCUUUGCUUUUCACUCGAGUCCCAACGUAUGGAGAUGAGGAAGAGCCUAGUGAGGAGAAUGAGCUGGGGACUAAGAGAAGCCAAACUUCCUUUGAAGAAGAACAAGACUUGGGACUUUGUGAACAGGACUCUUCUGGGGAUUACUGCUCACAGAGCUUUUCUCUGGCUGGAGGCACAGAAGAGUCAAGGGGACAACAACCUCCCCUUCACCCUGAAAUGUCUCAGGAUGUAGACAUGGAGUGUGAAGAGACUGUGGAGAGCAGUGUGGACUCAUCAUCCCCUAUACGUAAUGAGAGCCAGCUAGAGGACAAGGGAACUCCAUCAAGCAGGAACCUCACUGAAGAUGCAGAAGACCUGGAGGAGGAAGAUGAUGAUGAAGAGGAAGAGGAGGAAGUUUUAUCAGGUACCGAACCUACCAGCAUCCUUCCUACAUCUGUGCUGGACAAGGCCAGUGAUAUUGCUGAGCGGUUUAUUAGCAGCCUCUCUCGAAGAAGCAGUCUGGUGGUUGAUGACGUGUACUCCAUUGGAUGCCACUCGUCUCGCACAGGCAGCAGAAGGAGUAGUUUGCUCAGCUUAAAUGCUGACUUCUUGGAGAAAGAGAAAAUUCAUGAGUUGAACUGUUCUUCCCCAGAGCUACAUGCUUUCAUACCCAUAGCUGAACCAUCAGCCUCAAGCACUGUUACUGACCGAUUGGCCACCCCAGACCAAAGACCACCAAACAAACAAGACACCCUCUCGAAAAAGGACAGAAUGCUUAUCCACAAAAUAAAGCAGUACUAUGAGCAUGCUGAGCACCAGGAUGCCAAUUUCAGCAUCAAGCGCAGAGAGAGCCUCUCUUAUAUCCCAGCAGGGUUAGUCCGUAAUCUGAGUCGACAGAUCAAUGGCCUACCCACUGAUGAAGAUAUUGCAGUUCACAAGAAGGUCUCCUCAGUUUCAAGGCCAACUUCCUGGGCAGUUUUUAACCUUCCUGGUCUGGACAAAGAAAGGAACUCUAUGGCCAAAGACGCAAGUCUUCCGGCCACUGUAGAUGGCAACGAUGCUAUGGUUGGAUCUCCGGUAGUUGGUAAAAAUGAGGACUUCCGGCCCUCAGCUGAGAUGCUAAGUGUUUGGCAAGACAUGGAGGUAGAAAUUGUUGAGGGCUCAGAAUCCCAUCAGGAUACUGGUAAGGAUGGCCUUAGUGACGUUGUCAGGCCUAACCAGAAGCAAAAGAUAAAAGAGAGCUCUGAUGGUGAAUCUGGUGAACCCCUGCUAAUAUUGGAAGAGUCGGACAGCAGCAUGGCUGAACAAGGGUCUUUAACCCCUUCCCCAGUUAGCAACUAUGCGUGGAAGGACCAUGAGCUGGAGCUCAGACCAAACAGUGAUAACACGCUCCAGGAAAGACACAGAGUCAGGCAUGCUCCUCUGCCAAAGAUUAUCUCUCUGAGGUCAGGCUCAGAGGAAGACCUAAUUCUGCAAGAUAUGGAAAAGAUGAAGAACAAGGUGUUUCAGCUGGCUAGGCAGUAUAGUCAGCGUAUUAAGAACAGCAGGCCUGUAGUGAAGCAGAGAGCCAGAGUGCCUGAGAGCCACUUUGGCCAGACGAAUCUGGCCUCCCUUGUAGAGGACAGAUCUCCAGUGCACGAGAAGGGUUUGCGCAACCUCAUACUGCCACAUGGUUCUUGUGAGCACACAGAACACAGUCCCUCUCACAGCCCCUCCUCCUUGGACAGUCCUCGAUUGCAGUCCUCUAGCAGAGCACCUGUGAGUCCACAGAGCCCAGUCUACACUGAGAACUUCCAUUGGCCAGACGUAAGAGAGCUACGCUCCAAAUAUUCCCGUCGUGGCACUCAGCCUCUUGCAGUUAACCGUAGCUGCUCUGUUCCAGACCGAAUACUUGAGACUUUACCCAGUGAGCACAAAGCCCAGCGUAGCUGCUCCUGUUCCACCCCAGUUUAUGGCAGCUCAACACCAACAAAAGCCACAGCAGCUUCUUGCUACGAGUGCCAGGGACUUGCAGGGCAAACAGUGACUAAACUGUGCAAAGCCAAUUCUGUGGACUACGUGCUGGAACCUCUUCAUUUGAAAAAGCAACGGAACCCCCCAGACGCCCAGAGUAACUGUUACAUCUCUGGUGAGGCCACCCAGCCCAAUGACAACAAGGUCAUAAUAGUAGAAAGGAUUAUCGGAGAACAGUCAGAGGAGAAUGGCCUUGCAGGGGAAGAGAAAAAAGAGGAGACUGAUGAGAACCAUCUGAGGUGGGAUCCAGACCUUGAACUGCCAGCUAUAAUAAAGGACAGAAAUCAUGACUUGAGGUUGCACACAUGGCUAGACAGUAGCAGAACGUAUCCGUUGAGGUCACUCGGAAAGACUGAGACCAGCCAGCACAGUUUGGUCAGAAACCUGCGGGAGAAAUUCCAGAACCUUAGCUCGUACACGUAGACGACAUCGUGAACUGCUUUCAAAUUCUUUACCAUUGUAUAUAACUGCAGAAAAACAAUGUGUGGUAGCACAGACAAAGACAGCUAGGCAUUAUUUUGGUUUUGCCAGUAUGUCAUGCAUGCAGUUUUGCAGUUUGUAUGUUUUUAAGAAUGAAAGUGAUCGAGACUUAAACCAUUCCAGUUGUGUGGUUAUGCUGUAUUGGCCAAACUAACUGGAAAAGGGACACUUCAGAACUUAAGAACCUCAAAGGAAAUAUUUAUAAAAUGGACUUUUGGUGUAAUUGCACGUAUAUUAGUGUUUUCUUAUAUUUUGCAGUUUUGUUUAUCUAUGUACAAAAACUUUUUGUUAACUGCAUAAUCUGACACUGGUAAGCAUACUCAGGAGAAAUGUACCUCUGAUAUGCUAUAAUGGGAUAUAUAAUUUUGGGAUAUGUAUGAUGACCAUGUUUGUCAGACUAUUUACCUGAAGGGUAAGCUGAAGCAGCCAAUAGCAAAAUGUCCACAACAGUACAGGACAGUCAAGCAUAUAAUGGACAGUUUUUUCUAGACUGUAAUUGAGAAUUCAAAAAAAAUCUCAUUUUUCUAAUGUAUGUUAUUACAGUGUACUGCGUUGCUUGUUUUUACCUUACAUGUAACAUUGUUUGUUAGUCAGGGCUGUUCUUACUUAUCCCAAAACUGUUAACUCAUUCAGAUUACUGUAUGUACAAAGCCUAGGAUCUUUCAAAUGAGUCUUAAACAACUAGUAUGUGCAAUGCUUUACAGGUUAUACAUUAAUUAGUAACUUUACAAUAUGGCAAGUGUACUGCAAUGUGAAGAAGCGUAUUCAUAUUUAUCAGAUACAGGUGAAAGGUGUGUGAGUAUUAGGUAAUACGAAGACAUUGCCAGGUCUGUCUGCGUUGUCCGUGUAUAUAUAUAUAUAUAUAUAUAUAUAUAAGCACUGCAGGGGAAUGAGGGGAAUCUUAUAAAGCUGUCACUCCACAGUAAUAAGACGACUAAAGGAUUAUUCCAAUUAAACACAGUCAGUGGACAACAGAGGAGGUGGACUCAUGGAUUCUUUUUGAUCUUUUAACACUUAAAGUCUUGUAUUGCUGUCCCAAGCUUUAAUCCACAUUUUAUUGGUCUAAAAAGAAUAAUUAACAAUUUAAGCUGUUAAGCACAGAAUGAAUAUAAGGAUUUAUAAACUGUUCAGUAUUUCAGGUUGUUUCAGUAGCCUAGUUACUGUGUAAUUAUUCAUCUGAAUGCACAAUGUCACAUGUAAUAUCAUACAAAUUUUAUGUUCUCUACUUUUGCAGUAAUCUUUUAAGGUUGUGAGCUAAGAUCACGUAUGAUGACCACAAGACAUCGUUAUAAAAUGUUAAACAUGUUGGCUGGUCAGUACUCAGGAAGGUGUGGAAUAACCAGAGAAAUGGCUAAUGAAAUAGGGAUACACAGUUGCUGAAUUUUUUUGGCCGAUUAUCUUUUUUUUGUUGUUGUUUUUAAGCAAAAUUGACUAUAUAAUUUUUUUUAUUUAUUUAUUUUCAUACUGUCUGGACUAAAUGAACACAUGAAACACACUAGCACA